CAUUGGUUGGACCGACUCUGAGGCGGGAGCCCUGAUUGGUUGAGGGACCUGAGGCGACAGAUUCCGGAAAGGGGAAGAGCAGCCAACAUGGCGGCGGAACGCGGCGCGGGGCAGCAACAGUCGCAGGAGAUGAUGGAGGUUGACAGGCGGGUCGAGUCCGAAGAAUCUGGCGAUGAAGAAGGGAAGAAGCACAGCAGCAGCAUCGUGGCGGACCUCAGUGAACAGAGCCUGAAGGAUGGGGAGGAGCGGGGGGAGGAGAACCCAGAAGAAGAACACGAGCUGCCUGUGGACAUGGAAACCAUCAACCUGGACAGAGAUGCAGAGGAUGUUGAUUUGAAUCACUAUCGCAUUGGGAAGAUUGAAGGAUUUGAGGUGCUGAAGAAAGUGAAGACUCUCUGCCUCCGCCAAAAUUUAAUUAAAUGCAUUGAGAAUCUGGAGGAGCUACAGAGUCUUCGAGAGCUGGAUCUUUACGACAACCAGAUCAAGAAGAUUGAGAAUCUGGAGGCGCUAACAGAGCUGGAGAUUCUAGAUAUUUCUUUUAAUCUGCUGAGAAACAUCGAAGGGGUUGACAAGUUAACACAACUGAAAAAACUCUUCUUGGUCAACAAUAAAAUCAGCAAAAUUGAGAACUUAAGCAACUUACAUCAACUACAGAUGCUAGAGCUGGGAUCUAACCGCAUCCGGGCAAUUGAAAAUAUUGACACAUUAACCAAUCUGGAGAGUUUGUUUUUGGGGAAAAACAAAAUUACUAAACUUCAGAACCUGGAUGCGCUCACCAACCUGACGGUCCUCAGUAUGCAGAGCAACCGGCUGACCAAGAUCGAGGGUCUGCAGAACCUGGUGAACCUGCGGGAGCUGUACCUCAGCCACAACGGCAUCGAGGUCAUCGAGGGCCUGGAGAACAAUAACAAACUCACCAUGUUGGACAUUGCAUCAAAUAGAAUCAAAAAGAUUGAAAACAUCAGCCAUCUAACAGAGCUGCAAGAAUUCUGGAUGAACGACAAUCUUCUUGAGAGCUGGAGCGACCUCGACGAACUGAAGGGAGCCAGGAGCCUGGAGACGGUGUACCUGGAGCGGAACCCCCUGCAGAAGGACCCCCAGUACCGGAGAAAGGUCAUGCUCGCCCUCCCCUCUGUGCGGCAGAUCGACGCCACGUUCGUCAGGUUCUGAGUCCUCCUUGCUCCUCACGGGGUCCCUGUCCUUGGAAGAACUGCCCAGCCACAGUUUUUUAACCCACCUGUUGCUCCUGAGGUCGUCACUAUCAACAGUCACAAACCCAAUGGCAAUAAAGGCACUGGCAGUAGCUGAUGCGCGAUGCCACGCACAUUUUCAGACGCCGUUGCAAUUAAACCUUGCCACACAGUC